AUGCAAUGGCGCUGUGUUUCUUACCUGUUGAACUUGGUGCUGUUGGGCCUGCUGGGAUUUUCUCUUUCAGCCGACUGGACCUUCGGCCUAGCGCCAUCGCGCCAUCAGCGCCUGGAGCUUCCAGACGCAGAGCAGCUCCAGCCGGAGCUCAAAGGCUCUGAAGCAGUUGGUUUGGUGAUUGUGGCAGAUGGCAACUUUCGCCAACACUACCAAGGUCAAAUUUCCAGUGUGCGAUGUUAUGCUCAGAAAAAUGGCUACGAUUUGUGGCUGCUGCAUGGGGAUGAAUUUGAGGAGUGUGGAAGCAAGUACUAUCCACCUGGUUACUACUUCUUUCAGAAACACUGUGUGGUUGCUGCGCUGCUGGAAGAACAGUCUGCAGCGUACACGGUGGCAGUAUUGGAUGCGGAUGUCGUGGCUGUGGUCCUUGAUCGGAACCUGAGCUAUUGGAUACAGAAUGGUGGUGACCUGCAGUUCUAUGGCAGAAUCACUGGUGUGGAGAUUGCGUCAGGGAACUACAUCGCCAGCAACAAACCCUGGGUUUUGGAGUUCCUCCGCUACUGGGCCCAUUUUCGCUUCCGCCAGCCGAGCGGCUUCAGCAGUGCCGACAACGGAGCGCUGCAUCUGGCGCUGCUGGAGAUCUUGGAACUGCCAGAGACCUUGGAGGUUCAGCAGCUCUAUUCCAAUCUGACAGAGAAUGUUGAGAAUCUUCAGCCCUAUUGGCAUUUCAUCCAGGUGGCGACCGGAGCUCUUCGUGCGCGGAGCUUUCAUUUGGGCCACAGCAAGUUGGGUCGGCUGUGUAACCAUGCACAAAGCCAGGGCUUGGGGGAUUGUGUCCUGUCUGUCUGGCCCCGGAUGAACUUUUUCGUGGCUGAUGGGGUCUAUUUAGACAACCACGGGAGCUCUAUAGGGCCAGUGAUGCACCAUGGAAUCAAGUCCCAGGAGUGGAUGCUCCGCUACUUCAAGGAUUUGGAAAAGUGUGUGGUGAAUCCAUCUGCUUUGGUAUCACCAAAGCAACUGGGUGCCAAGGCUGUAGGACUUGCAGAAGGCUACAGCCAUCUUUACCGAAAGGGUAUGAUCGCCUUAGCGGAGGGCAUUCGACCGUUUGGGGGUCCUUCUUUGAUCUCGAGAGGCAGCGGUGAUUUGGUGGCGAAUGGUGACCAAAAAUGGCAGAGCUGGGGAUAUGCUUGUUGCCGCGGCCUGUCCCGAAAUGAGGUCUGCCCACAUGCAGCCGCAGACGUCGAGGAGGAAGGCCAAAGCUCAGAAGAGGACGCUGCAGCCAAAGCGCUGCGCGUUGCCUGGCAGGAUGGGAAGUUGUUGGAUGCAGAUCCCCCAGAUGAGCUGCCUCGCAGAGAAGAAACCCAGCCAGAGGAGCUGGUGGCGUUGGAGUUUCUGGCGCAAUUUGUGCUGUACUGGUUCCAGCAUUGGAAGAGCCAUGAGAAACCCGAGCAGUUGCAGCUGGACAGCACGCGUUCGGCCUUGUUGAAACUUAUGAAGCAGCUGAAUCGAAAGGUGGUGGAUGGUGUGCUGCUCUCUGGCCUUGUGGAGUUUGCCGACUUGGCUCACCGCAGGGAGUACGCGCAGGCCAAUGAUGUGUACGUGAACAUCACCAUCGGAAAAGCGACGUGGCAUUCAGCCUUGGAUUUGGGAGAACAACGAGCACACUGGGGCCAAGGAUGCAGCUUGAGGACCAUGCAAAGACAGGUCGUUGAGAAAGACAUGAAGAAUGCCAGUGCCUUUGACACAGACCCCGUGGUCCAAAGCUAUGUCCAUGCGCUGAAGAGGAUGGUCACCUACAUGCAGACCGUGCAACCCAGCACUGAUCCAUCAAAGCAAGGCCAUGUGCCCGCACCUAGGGCCAAGGCUGAUGAGGUUGGCUUGCCGGUGAGGCCCGGCAUCCGGGACUCUGAUGGCCGCGACCAUUCCCCCGAGUUUGUGGAUGUCAAUGAUGCCAGUGCCCGCGAUGCCCAGCGGGGCAUCGCCUUUGGCAGCCGCGAGAAUGGUCGUGCCCAUCCCUUCGUGGGCAUCGGCUUCGCGCGCGGCAUCUGA